AAAAUGUGGUGGGAUUGACAAAAGAACUAUCGAAAAAUUUGAGAAGGAGGCUCCUGAGAUGGGAAAGGGCUCCUUCAAGUAUGCCUGGGUCUUGGAUAAACAAAGCUGAACAUGAAUGUGGUAUCACCAUUGAUAUCUCCCUUUGGAAAUUUGAGACCAGCAAGUAUUAUGUGACCAUCAUUGAUGCCCCAGGACACAGAGACUUUAUCAAAAACAUGAUUACAGGCACAUCUCAGGCUGACUGUGCUGUCCUGAUUGUUGCUGCUGGUGUUGGUGACUUUGAAGCCAGUAUCUCCAAGAAUUGGCAGACCCGUGAGCAUGCCCUUCUGGCUUACACACUGGGUGUAAAACAACUAAUUGUUGGUGUUAACAAAACGGAUUCCACUGAGCCACUCUACAGCCAGAAGAGAUAUGAGGAAAUCGUUAAGGAAGUUAGCACCUACAUUAAGAAAAUUGGCUACAACCUUGACACGGUAGUAUUUGUGCUAAUUUCUGGUUGGAAUGGUGACAACAUGCUGGAGCCAAGUGCUAACAUGCCUUGGUUCAAGAGAUGGAAAGUCACCUGUAAAGAUGGGAAUGCCAGUGAAAACACACUGCUUGAAGCUCUGGAUUGCAAUCUGCCACCAACUCGUCCAACUGACAAGCCCUUUUGUCUGCUUCUCCAGGACAUCUACAAAAUUGGUGGUAUUGGUACUGUCCCUGUGGGCCGAGUGGAGACUGGUAUUCUUAAACCUGGCAUGGUGGUCACCUUUGCUCUCCAGUCAAUGUUACAACUGAAGUAA